AUGGUACACACUCAAGCACUCCGAAUCGGGCCAAAUGAGCUACACAUUACUGAUCCCACACUCUAUCAUACGAUCUACUCGCAGCGGUACAUCUUCCCAAAACACAAGUACUUCUAUGAUGGUUUCAACAACCUAUCCAAUGUCUUCAUCGAGGCAGACAAAGAUGCACACCGUGCGCGACGUAAGCUUCUUAACAACUUCUUCUCGAAAGCGUCAAUCAGAUCCAUGGAGCAGAUCUUGUUCUCCAAAGUCACCCUAUUAUGUGACAGACUAUCGGAUACCAAAGACAACGGUGCUAUCAACUUCUACCACGCUUUCAGGUGCCUUACGGUUGAUUUUAUUACGCAAAUCGCGUUUGGGGAGUCCUUCAACAUGCUCACCGAAGCCGAAGACAACACGUUCGACGCACCGUUCAUUAAGUGUUUUGAUCUAGCAUCUGAGCAGAUCUGGAACAUGCUGUACUUCCCCAUCCUUCGGACGAUUGCAUUCAAAUGCCCACCAAGUGUGACCGGCAGGCUCAGCACAUCGGCCGCAAGGUUUCAGGGCUUCCUACGUAAGGUCGCGAAAACUGUGGUCAACUUCAGACAUUUGAAGGCAUCCGGCAAGUCCUUGGACCGCGAGAUUGUCUUCGAUGCUAUGCAACACCUCGACGAUGCAACAGUCGAGUCAGAAGCCGCGAACAUCUUGGUUGCAGGUUCUGAUACAACGGCAUUCACUCUCUCGACCGCUGUUCAGCAUAUGAUGAAAGACCCUGCCAUCUUUGUACAACUCAGAAAGGAACUGAGGGAAAGCGGCGUUGCGGCGACCCAAGAUUUCACGCUCGUGAAACUUGAGCAACUUCCGUAUCUGACUGCUUGUGUGAAGGAAUCAUUGCGCUAUGCCAUGCCCGUACCGGGACGACUUCCUCGAGUCGUACAACAUGGAAUUCAGCCUCUCGUGGUAGGCGGAAAGGUUGUCCCCGCUGGAGCUGUCGUUGGCAUAUCCGCCUACAGCAUGCAUUUCGACGAGAGCAUCUGGGGCGAAGAUGCCAGGAAGUUUAACCCCGCUCGUUGGCAGACCGAAGACGCAAAAGAGCUUGAGAAAUAUCUCGUGACCUUUUCCAAGGGCGCAAGGCAGUGUCUCGGGAUCAAUCUGGCAUAUGCCGAGAUCUAUCUCACCUUGGCGAUGCUCGUCAAUCGAUUCCGCCUCGAACCGGAUACGACCAUCACGGCAUCUGAUCUCCAACCCCUGGACCAUUUUGCCACUGAGUACGAAGGAACUGGGGUUCGCGCCAUGGUUCAUGAGGAGUAG